AACGCAUUUGCCGCUAUUGGGCUGCGCAGAUGGUCAAAUGCUCUCUCCGUCAUUCAUACACGACGAGGGGGGCCGGCAACGGUACUGGAAAGCCCAGAACAUGACCCCUACGCUCUUCACGACGGGACAAUCAAGAUGGGCACUCCAGAUUCUAGUGGUGGUACUCAGCUCGAUCGCCUUGGCAAGCUCGGCUCCCGCCAUCGGUGGAGGCGAGAGAAUGUAUAGUGGGGCACAGGGCGAUAUCAGAGGAUUGACCGUCAUCCUUGCGUCUGUUGGUAUAGGUGGAGUCGGUAUCUUGCGUGGUCUCAGUCUAUCGCUACCGAGGCCAUGGCGAAUAUACUUGGAUCGGAUAGAAUUUUCCCUGAUCACCAUGCUAUGGGUCUGUUGGACCUCGGCCACCAUGGCGUUCUGUGCCUUUAUUCUUCGACGAGGAAUGUGCUCGCUCUCCGUAUCUGAAGUGGAUCUACCGACUUGCCCUCUGUUGACGUUCGAAUUGGCUCUUUUACAUUUCAUCUCGGUCUCAUGUCUUGCUCUACUGUUGGUCAUACUCACCACCGUCACCGCUCCGACAUACCUCUUCUCCUUGUCACCAAGUGUCGAUGAUAGUUCAGAAGAGGCUCAAGACCCAGAAUCUGUGGGCAUCUUCGUCAUGUGGGAUCUGGCUCUUGCCUCGCCACCGCCGUCACCCCGUAUCAAACCUUCAGCGCCAAACUACGGUGCGACACUGACAGAUCGACCGUCAAAUCCUUACGCGGAAAUUCCAGUAGCAAAGAAGGACAAGUUUGCAGACGGACGGGUCAUGCUGUAUCUGCCGCUAUUGCUCGGAGGUGUCGGCGUAGCGUUAGGGACAGUAUGGACCAUGAUUGUGACAAGAUACGUCGUCGUAACGGGUUUCAUCCUCUCGGUAGGCAUAUUGACGACUGUCUUUUCCGCCAGCUUCUUGGCCAUACAUUAUAGGCAGCGACGAGAAAAGUCCAAUGAUGACGCAUGGAUCCUUCGGCACGAUCGCGCAAUGGAAGUAGGGUCCGCUGGUGCUUUGUUCCUCCUAUGGCCGCUAUCUGCCAUUAUCUACACCCUGUUUCCUCCGACUCCUAAUCGACCCUGUAUGAACCCCGCCACAUCACUGGACUCACCUCUCGACUUGCCGAAAACUCGGACUGAGAUUCUGUGUGUCAUUGCCUCUGUCACAAUCAGUAUCGCCUGGAUGGCAAGCUGGAUCAUAUUAUGGAGGAUAAUGGGAUUGGCGUUCCCCAUGCCCGAAGUAGGGCGGACGCCGAGUUUCACAGGAACUGAUGAAGAGAGGAGUCUGCUUCGAUCCGGUGAGAUGCCUGCCCCUGCACCGCGCCCUCAGGUCAAGUACGGUAGACUGGUAGCUGGGGAAGUUUUUGAGUUGGGAGACGACGAAGAUGAUUGAGUGAUAGUCUGGGUAUUUCUUGCUUUGUAUUUGGAUCAGAAGUUGUCUUGUACGUCGUGAAGUUAUUUACAUGCAUAGUCAAUCUAGUUGU